AUGGAGAACCAAAUUAUAGCGCUUUCAAGGGAGGAUAUAACCCAAAAGUUUGCCACUGUUGGAUCAAGUUGCUUGAUUGUUUUAAUAUACAGAGACCUACUUUAUGUUAGAAAUGUUGGUGACGAAAAAUGCAUUCUUGGACAUAAGUAUGGUAGCACAUUUGUUACGGACCAAGUUAACGAUGUUGAUAAUCUUCAAGAUGAACCUGCAAGAUUUCAUUUUCAACGCCAACAUCCUGAGGCGCAUGCAUUUACUGCGGAUGAUUCCGGAGUCUUUUUGGUCAAAGGCAAGUUAAGGAAUACAUAUCUCAAGAAUGAUGAUUGUGCAGUUCAAGCUCCCGAUUUAGUGCGUUUUCAUAUUCCAAGACCAAUGCGUAGGCCUUACCUUAUUGCUGAAGUGCAAAGCCCAACACAGAUAGGUAGACUCCUUAGCAGGCCAGCAAAAAUUGUCAUAAUUGCAUCAAAUGGCCUUUGGGACUUUUUGUCCAAUGAAGAAGCGACAAUAAUCAUCCAAACUCAUCCGAAAGAGGAGAUUGCACGUAUACUGAUCUAA